AUGGCUAGGAGAAGAAGAAUAGGAGCAUUGUCCUUAGAGAAGGAGAGACUAGCUGAGAUACACGAGGAGCUACUGAUCACUGGGUUUACUGAAGGGAAGUGGUUUGAGUUUGGACUGAAACUGGGUCUGAGUCUACAGACACUGAAAACUAUUGAAGCAGACUAUGGAAGAGCUGGGGCUAGUCGUUGCUUGAUGGAAUGUCUAGAGAAAUGGCUCUCUAGAGCAGAUAAUGUAACUGGACCAUUGUCUUGGAUCACACUGGCUAAUGGACUACGUAGAAUUGGAGAAGUAUCAUCAGCUGAAAGAAUUAGUAAAUUGUCUGAUCCAGCUAGUGAGUUAUUCCAGCGUUACAGUGUUAGACUGUCUUUAGUGUCCAUCAGUGAGGAGUCAGUUGAUCUGUUAUGUACAGAGAGACUGAUAUCAAAUGAGACCAGGACUAGAGUGGAGAGUGUUGGGGGUUUCCUAUUAGGAGACACACUGAGAGAAAUACGGACUUCAAUAACUGAAGAUCAUAACAAAUUGAGAGCAUUAAGAGACAUCUUACUGAAAUCAGAUGAAGCAAAGACUAUAGGACAAGACAUAUUAAAAGAAUGUGAUACUUUCUUAUCUGAUACUGUCACUGAUCCAAGUGAAACUGACUUGUCUAUUGCACCAAUAUCAUCAGUUGAAGAGGUCUUUGUUAGUGAAGUCUACAAUUGUCGUUUUGAUGAAGUCCGUGUUAAGUUUGGUGACCUACGUCAUGAGAUAAUACAACUAGUAGUGGAGAAUGUAUCUUCAGCUGAUGAUAUUAAACAGUAUCUCUCACGUUGCUUUCCUGAAGUGAAAAAAGAGUUGUCCUCCGUCAGUUCAGUGGAAGAAAAAGCAUUGAGGACUUUGGGAAAGAGGAUUAUUGUACGAAGCAUUCAUCGUGGGAACUCCAUCAUUAUCAUCUGUUAUGCUCCACAUCAUUUACUAGCUGCUCUUCUCUUGGAAGCACAAGACAACCUAACAGUCUUGAUGAAGGAAUUCAGUUUAAUUAGACUAACCAUUGGCCACUACACUGUCUAUGAUAAAAGGAUCAGAUACAAAGUAAUGAAUAAUGAGUGUCUUGCAGAGGAGAUUAAACUAGCUGAUGGAGAGGAACAAGAACUGAGGACUUUACUUGAUUACAAAGAAGGAUCAAUAUUUGAACAAGAUAAACAAUUAAAUAUUAUCAAAAAAAGAAAAGAGUAUAUUGAAAGGACACUACAGAUACCAGAGUCUAAACUGAAAGUGAAGCUACUGACUAGAGAGAAUUUGAUGAAUAGAAUAUUCAAAUCAAAGAAAUCAGAGACUCAGUAUUUCCAAACCUCUCUCCUAAUGAAAGCAGGAAGAGAGGAGGCAUUAGUGGAGUAUAUGAAAGAGAUUGAGUUACUGCAAGAAAAUAUAUCAUUAACUAGUGAACAACUGCUGAUGAGUCAAAAGGGAAAUAUUGAGAAGAAGGAUCAAUGUACACAAUCACUGGAUGCACCAACAGCAGAAUCUAUUUACACAGCAUGUAUUGGCUAUCAUGGAAUAAGGAGGAGUGAUAUUUCAUUCAGUGAGGGAGAGCAGCUGGAGAUAUACAACAAGUAUGAUAGAUUUAAAUGGUAUGGAAGAUCCUUGGUGUCUGGUGAUUCGGGAGACAUUCUUAGCAGUUGUGUUUACUCAAUGUUGGAGUCACUUCAAUUGUUAGAGUUUAUACUGUCAGUGGAAGAAGUGUCCCUUCCUAUUCUGCAAAAGAUAAGGAAUGAUUCAUCUAGUAAUGAUGAGAAAGCUUCUCUUUUCUUGGAGACUAUUAAAGAUGAUCCUGUUACGAUAUCCGCACUGAGGCAAGACAAGGAACAACAUGAUAAAGGAGUCACUGGGAGAGUGUACUGGUACAGUAACAGGGUAAUCCUUACCUCUCCAUCUCCAGUUGAGUGUAAUGAAAUGAUUGGUAAUAUUAAUAAUAAUCAUAAGGAGAUUCUACUCCACUCAUCAUCUACUAAUAGUACAGUAUCUCUACUAUCAUCAACUAAACUGCAUACACUAAACCUGAGGAGACUUGAGAUAUACCACUCUCCAUUGACUAAUGAUUGUAUCCAGUACUUGUGUAUACUACUAACCAAUAAUAAAACAAUACAAGAACUAGUCAUCAGGGACCACUCCAUUAGUGAUAGAGGAGUUACUAGUAUCUGUCAAGCACUUGAACACAACUCUACACUUACCUCAUUAGAUCUUAAGAAUAAUCCACUCAUCACUUCUACUAGUGGACAAGUUCUUUCUCACCUCCUCCUCAAUAACUCAUCACUAGUUGAACUGAAUCUAAGGAAUAAUUCAUUGUAUACUGAGUCAAUACUACUUAUCCUCCAGUCACUAAUGGAUAAUAAUGGUAUAAGGGCAUUCGGGCUAGACAAGCGACACGAAUGGACUUGUAUUAAUACUUAUCCUAACUAUCACCUCAUACAAGACAGAGUAUACUGGGACUAAUCACUCUUCAUGUGAACUUGUGUAUCUUCAC